CAACAAUAUGAUACCAUGUUAUCCAUGAAUAACAAUUUAUAUUUAUAACUUUUAUUAACAUGUUAACAGAUAUAUGUGUACCGAUAUUACAUAAAUGCAAAAUUACACAAUAAAUUACUAGAACAAAAAAUUUUAGUUAAAAAUAAUACAAUUUCAUCAAAAUAUUUUAUAUUUAUCAAUACAAAUAUGAGACACCAAUAUUGGGUCAGAUCCUAUUGGUAUCAUACAUGUGUAUAAUCAAGCAGGUUAAGUCUCCAACAAUACUGAUCCUAUUGUAUAACAUUAACAUGUUAACAUAUAUACGUGUAACGAUAAUCGAGCGGAUUAAGUCUGAAUAGUGAGAAAACUAUACUCAUCCAUCGCCCACAAUAUUCAAUUCCGAGUUUUAUCCAUAUCCAUUACAAAUCUUUCGAUAUCAAUUUUACUCUACACAAUUAAAACAAAUUCGAACAGAUAUCCACGAAUACUAUUAUUUUUGCCAUACGAUUCCACUUCCUUCCAGGGUGUGGGCAUUCGGUCAGUUUGGUUUAACCCGAACCGAAAUAAUGCAUAUCGAGUCUCCGAAUUCCAUAAAACCUCAAACCGAAUUCGAACGGAAUUGUAAUUCAGUUCAAUCAAUUCAAAUUGAAUUAUAGUUCAAUUUGAUUCGGUUAUUCAUACAAAAUCAAACUUGUUAGGUUAGCUUGUAUCUUCUCCCCACGUUGAAUUCCCCACCUAUAACCCGCCACAGCCGGUGCCCAUCACUCCAACUCUUUAACCAAACCGACGGGCUCCGCCGGUUUCUCCGCUGGUUUCGCGUCUAUAUAUCCAUUUUCUUUCUUUUUCGUCAAAUCUCUCUCUCCCUCUUUACUUCGAAAUGAUAAUAAAAAUAAUAAUUCUUUUUUCAUCCGGUAUAUAUAAUCCAUUUUAACUUCUGCGAAUUUCCAGAGCAGUCCGUAAUCUGAUCUGCAACGUCAUCGUCUCUGCCUCCGAGCUCCCCUGGAUCUCGCCCGAUUCCAAUUCCGUGAGUACUGAUUACCAUCCCUGCCUUCGUUUCUUUCUUCGUCUUUCUUCAGUGCAAAGCGAUUCCGUUUUUUCACUUCCCGGUGAGUUACUCUGUUUUCAUGUCCGAUGAUUGCUUUCGCGCUGAUAGUAGUGGUGUUCCUGGCUUUUUCUUUUCCUCUUGGUUAGCUGUUGUUUUCCUAAGCUGUCUUUGAUCGCUUCGUUUUGGCCCAAUUUUCAUCUCCAACUGCUAACUUUUUUUUUUUUGGUUUGUGGAUACUAGUUAACCUUUCUGGUGAUGAUUGGUGAUUGAUUAUGGAUUGUUCUGAAUUCUGAUCAUUGAUUUCUGCUGAGAGUAGUACUCCUGGACAUGGUUAAUUCAGGGAUGCGAUUUUUUUCAUUUAUUUGUUCAAUCAAACUCUGGUGGGAGUCGUCCUGAUUUUGGUCACCAAUUUUGUUCGAUGGGUGUUGCUUGUUUGCUUGCCCAAUUAGGAUUCCACAAUUCCAGGUGUUAGCUUCUCAGCAUGAUCGUUGAUGUUUACAAAUGUUAACUGGGUUUUGGCGGUUACAUGACAUGACAGUAAUUUACUAGAUGAAUGGAUAUGGACGAUUGAUGCCAACUGCUUUUGAAUUAUUGAAUUGUGAUGGUUUAAUCCUACCGGGUCAAGCUGUAGUGUUUUGUUUUCUCAGUUUAUUUGUUGUGUGGUUCUGGAUUUAGGAAGGCCCUCUACCCCGGCGAUGGCAGAUAACGAGGAAGGCGAGGGGAAUGCCUCUCGAGGGAACGAGUGGGAAGUUGUUUCACUCACAGCUUCGACAUAUGCAGCUGCCCCGGGCCCAACAGAAGUUGAAUUGAAGGAUGAUGAUAAUGACGGUGACACAAAUCAGGUGUAUAAGGCUGAGACUUCUCAUGCUUUGUUCAUGUCUGAACACUUUGUCUUCCCUCCCAGCCAGCAUGAGAAUUUGCCUCUGGAGCCUGAACACAGUGAGAUUGUGGAUGAUGUUACUAGUAAGAAUUUGGGCUCUGGAUAUCAUGCUGAAGAAGGAAACGUCUCCGGUGGGAAGGAUGAUGGGAAUUGGCCAUUGAAGGGAUUAAACAUCUCUGAAGAUUUUCCAGGGGCGCAGUUCUUUGACACUGGCAGUAAUCAGCUUCUGAUCUCGGGUAAAGAGUUUGAAGAGAGUGCAGCAUUGCCAGAGUUGCAUCUAUUGGGCAAAGAAGAAAGUAUAUAUAGUACAGCUGCCUUCAAUUCUUUGCACAGUGAGACAGGCCUAGGUGGUUCUACUGUAUAUGGUGGUAUUCAUGAAAUAAAUGAAUCUGUUGAUCAGACUUCACAUCUUCCUGUGCACAGCUCUCACUCUUCAGAGCAUCAUGCUAAAGAUGGUCAACACGAGGGGCCUAAAGAAGAACUACCAUGUGAAGCUUGGUGGAAAAGAAGGGCUCUUUCUGUGUAUGGUCAUGCAAAAGAGGCAAAUACAUUUUGGUCUGUCUUUGUUGCUGCAGCUGUUAUGGGGCUUGUGAUUCUUGGCCAGAGGUGGCAACAGGAAAGGUGGCAGGUUCUGCAACUCAAGUGGCAAGCUACCCUCAGCAGUGAGAAGAGUGGGAGGGUGCUGGGCCCGAUAUCUCGAAUCAAGGACGUGAUCGUCGGCGGCAAUCGUUGCCACGUGUCUUUGAUGAAGGGGCCAUCCCCGAAUGAGCACUGAUAUAAAGAUGAUGACGAUAAAAUUGGCAGUUGUGUGUGUGUGUGUGUGGGGAUACUGAUGAGAAACUGCUGAAAGAUGGAGUUCUUAGUACUGUAAUUUUCUGUAUGGCUUUUGAGUUGUUCCUGUCUCGUAGUAGAAAGAAAGGAAUCGAUGUUGGGUAGAUGGCACGUAAAGGGAAAGUUCGACACUGUUAUAUUGUUAUUUGCUCUUUGUGUAAUUGGUGGCCAGUGAUUGAUUCUGUUGAUAUGGCAUGCAGCUCUGUUUAUCACCGGACCAUCCUUGCGCUUUAUGUCUUUGCCUGCUGCACUUUUCUUCUUCCUUUAUCCUCUCUUUUGUUUUAGAAUGUUCCUUUUUUUAAACAAAGAAAUGCUUCUAUUGCAUUCGAGUGUGCUGCACGAUAAUAUGCGAGAGCAGAUCAAGAAUGGUAAUUGAAUUGUUUCGAAGUUCAUUUCGAGCAGGUGAUUGUGCGACUCAAUCCACUUUUACAUGAUAUGAUUAUGUAACAACGGGAAGUUAAGGGGCUCUUGAGCAACUAGAUUAAUCAGCUUUUUAUGGGAAUAUUAAAAUAGAGAGCUAAAGGUAUUAAUCAACUUUUACAUGAUAUGAUUAUGUAACAACGGGAAGUUAAGGGGCUCUUGAGCAACUAGAUUAAUCAACUUUUUAUGGGAAUAUUAAAAUAGAGAGCUAAAGGUAGUAAUACUGUUUGAUAAGAAAAUAGAGGGUCCAAGCAAUUGGGUAUAUUGCUUGGGUUACAGUAUUGGGGAUAUUUUGGAUUUUAUUUAUCAACUAUAAUUUGAUCAAAGUAAUUGGUAUUCAUUCUAUUGAUUGACGAAGCUAAUCGAGGUGUUCAAUUGUACUCAACGAAUUUCAACUACAUAUUCAACAAGUAUUACGUUUAAGAUUUCAUAACGUCGAAUUUUUAACUGUCGAAUCGUCAUUGUUGAACAAUCUUACACCGAAAACCAAAUAAAAAUAGCGCGUCUUUUUACGGUUUGGUACUUUAAAUUUGUUGUCCCACUUGUGUUAUUCGUGUGUCCAGUUUCAAAAGUUUGGAAACACGAAUGACAAUGUGACAAAUUGGGGCGGAUAUCUCGAUACCCAUAUUCGUCCGGUGACAGGUUCGGUCUAGAUCGAAUUAUUUACCAUGAGAUGCAGGUCGGGUCAGGUCGACCCAUAUGUCUAUGUAGUUUCAACGUAAAACUUAAAAAAAAAAUUGUAUUAACAAAACAAGAAACAAACUACAACAUGAUGAAUGUAGUUUAUUCCAAUGUUGUCAAAGUCGAGCCGGAGUAUGACCCGGUAACGUGAACGACUCGGUCAUUAGUGGUCCAGCCGGCAUUAGACCGUUUAAAAACCGUUUGAGAACCGGUACAUUAUAAACAAUAUAAUAUUAUAGUAGAACACACAUAAAGUAAUAAUUCAAUGAUUUAAUGAGUAAAAAUGAUAAUUACAG